GACGGCGCGUCGACGAAGUGGGAGGUCGAGAAGAAGGGCCUCCCCCACGGCGUCGCCGCGACGGCCGCCCUCCUCGACAAGACGCUCACGGUCCUCGCGAAGAUCCCCUUCGCGGGGACGCUCGUGCCCUCGGCCAAGACCGUGUCCCCCGAGCCCCACCAGCUCGCCCAGGACGCCGUUGACCUCAAGGCCAAGCUCGACGACGAGAAUCUCAAGAAGAAGUUGCUCAAGGAGGCCAUGGUCGCGAUCCGCGAGGCCAUCCGCUACCGCGAGGAGCAGGAGGAGGCCGAGCGCGUCGCCGCGGAGGAGGCCGCCGAGGCCGAGCGCGUCGCCGCGGAGGAGGCCGCCGAGGCCGAGCGCCUCGCCGCGGAGGAAGAGCAGCGCCGCCUCGAGGACGCGGAGGACGCGGAGGACGACGACUUCGACGGCACGCGCGACGGCUCGGACGACGACGAGGACUCCGACGACGACGACUCGAUCUGCUCGGGCGACGCGAGCGUCUCGGGCCUCGACUUCGCGGCCAUCCAGCGGAAGAAGCUCGAGGACGCGGAGGACGCCGAGGACGAGGACUACGACGACGAGGGCUCCGUGGACGACGACGACGACGACGCGGCGUCGCUCGCGUCCGGCGACGCGUCCGUCCGCGGCGACAAGGACGACGACGACGCGUCCGUCCGCGGCGGCGGCGACGACGACGACGCGUCCGUGGCCUCGCUCGCGUCCGGCGACGC